CCCACCUCUUGUGCAGAUGAAAGCGUGAUCAAAUCCUUCUGCUGUUGCAUUGAGUACGACGAAGAAAAGAGCUUUAUCAGGAUGUGAUUCAUAUUCAUUAGAAUGCAAGCCGAUUCUCAGCCCCCAGGACAAUGGCAAAACUUGCAUGGCAAUGUGGUCACAUCUGGAGACUGGACAUCCAAUAAUCCAGGCCACAUCCUUCACCAUCAAUGUGUGCCGCCACAUCAUGCAAGCUUCCCAUAUCCAAAUCAAAUUUCAACUGGAAAUGAGUUAACAAAGUUCUCUUGCACAAUCCUACAGACAACCAGUGACAAAGGUUUGACUAGUAGCACUCAAUCUACUGAGAAUAUGAUGCCACCACAAGAAAAUAACUUUAAUUCAGAAUGCACAGGAAAACUGAACUCGCACAUUAUUAUGUGGAACAUGCCGUCUUCUAAUUGCCAGAUGUUCUUGCCUGUGAACAACAUUAAUAUGCAGGGGGCGAUUAAUGUUGCAUCGAACAAUUAUGGGCCAAAUAUGUCACAUUGUGCGCUCAGACCAAGCUCGGAGACCUUUAACUCAAAUAACAGUUCCUACACACAACAAAAAACUACCUCCAUUUCAACUGUCCCAAAUAGCACACGACAGUUUGAAGCAAACAGAACUAUGGACACUUGGAGUCUAAAUGAAUCUGAAAGAAAUGUGAAUACUAGAAGCCUGCAUAGUAGGCGGAAACAUGCAAAUACUGCUAAUAAUUUGCCAAAACAAACUCUGCCAAAUCAAAAUUUGCCAAAAUCAGCAAGAAAAAGAAAGUCAUCAUCCACCAUGAAAGAUUCUCUCCCAACAGAAACUGCACCUCAUAGACAGAGUAGUCCUAUUGGUGGAUGCAUUUACCCAUCUACCCUUGCUAAUCCGCAAACACAUUCUACUUGUAAACAGAACAAUGCUGCACAAAAAGCUGUUGCUGUUGUCACACCAUUAUCUAUGGUAGAAAUUGCAUCUGUUGAUUCUUCAAACAAAUCCAUACAUAAUACAAAGAUAAGUGUUCUUGAUGCAAGCUCAGCGCAAGGAACAAUACACCAUUAUCUGAAUAUUCCUCAUCCUCUGGCAAACACUAAUCUGAAGGCAAUAGGAGAAUCAAAUGACCUGACAAGCAAGUAUCCACGGCCAAGUUCAGGAGGAGAGCAAAGGCUAAAUGAUGGACUUUGUUAUGCAGUUGGAGCCAGAAAUCCUGUUUGGACUGAUGAGUCUACCAGUGAUGGUAACUGCACAACCUUACCAAAGCUGCAUAGAGUGGUUACAGAACAAAAUGAGUCUGUGCUGUCAACUCUGAGACAAGCUAAUGAAAAAAUGCCUAACAAUAACCGUGCAGUCACAGAUUCACAGAAGACGGACACAGAAGAAACUGACAGGUGCUCCCCUAUUCCUGUAAUAGAAUGGUCAUUAGACAGAUUGCACACAUUAAUAGCCAUGGUUCAGCAAAUAGAUGAUGGAUAUCAGAAAAAUGUUUACAAAACAGAUCCUGGAAAGGAGAUUUUAAAGAUUUAUUGGAAUGGGGAUUUUUGUGAGUUUUAUAAUGUGGCUCAAACUGGCAUAUAUCUAAACAUAAUGGAAGAAGUCUUCUUUUACUGUCAGAAAAAUGACCCUGUGAUACUGAGGCAAAUUAGAGGUGAUAAACGUAACCAAGUUGCUAAGGAUUUUCACAUUUUAAAACACAAUGAAACUCCACCAAAGAUGAUGCCCUACAAGUCAUCUUGGUUAAAUCUUAAUGAGAAACUUGAUGACAUUGACAAGGAAUGUGAUUUUUCUUGGUUCUAUAGGUCUUUUCAUGGUACCCCCCAGGAGAGGGAUAAACACAAAGUAAGCAACUCUGCUUGUGAAAUGCCAAACAAAUUGUUAGAUGCCUCUGCUCAGUUAGUGGCAGCUUGUCAAUGCCAAGCUGAAGCUGUGAACAAAGUUCCAGUAGAAGAACAAAAAUGCUUGGAGUUAAAAGACACUAAAUCAGACAGUGAGAGUCUUUGUGAAAACAUGCAUGUUUCCUUAGAGCAAUUGCAACCUGUGACUGAUAACUGCUCAACAAAACUUAAUGUUGUGCUUACAGAACAAUCCAAUUCUCAACCAAGUAUUGUAAAUCCUUUGAAGACCAUGACUAAUCUGGUGAAGGUGUUAGAUAAACAAACUGUACCAACUGAAAUGUCAGUAAAGGCAAUACUGAAUGACAGAUUUUGUAAUGAUGUUGAAGCCAAAAGUCCUGUAUUGUUCGAAUUAACCAGCCAAAGGAUCCAAACAAGUUCACUAAUGGCCAUGAACAAUCCAGUGAGGCUACUGGAAAAAAAUGAUGUUUCAUUAAGUAGGCUUCAGUGCCAAAUUGGAAAACAUGAUAUUUUGAACCAAAAACAUCAAUACCCAACUCCUUCAUCAGAAGGGUCAAGGUUAGGAGACCGUUUUAGUAAUUGUGCUGGAGCCAAAAGUCUUGGUGAAUCCUCAAGUCAAAGUGAUGGCACAAGCUCCCCAAAACAUAAUCCUGCGGUUAUAAAUCAACAGGAUUUAGUGGUGUCAUCACUAACACAAAAUGAAUCCGAUGAAAAAUUGUCUAACAGGGACUGUGCUGUCACAGAUAACUGUAUGAGAGAUGAGACUGAGCCAAAAGAUUGUACAGAAGUUGUAGCUUAUAAAAAAGAAGACGACAUUGGCUUGGACUCUUUAGCAUCUCUUAAGAUUAAUGUUCUCCCACACUACAUAGCUAAACAGUGUUUUGCAGGUGAGGUGAUGGAAGAUAAUGGAUUGCAAAAAGACAGUGCUGCUCCACCAGAGAUGCGCCACAAGUCAUAUGGGUUGCAUCUACUUAAUGAAAUCUACAAGUCUUUUAAUGAUACACCCCAAAUACGUGAACAAACUGUGAACAAAGUACUAGUUGAACAAACAUGCUUGAAGUUAAAUCAGAGUCUUCCUGAAAACUUACCCAUUUCCUUUGAGCAAUCACUACCUGUGACUGAAGAAGUAAUCAACUGUCAACCAAAAUUUGUAAAUCCACUGGAGGCCAUGACUUGUAUGACUAAGAAACUGGAAAGACUGAAUGUUUCAAAUAGAAAAUAUUUACGUCAAAUAUUAAAUGAACGUGUUCUGAAAAGAAAACAUCAAUGCUCAACUCGAUCAUCAGAAAAAUCAAGGCUGGAUUACCAUUUUAGGAAUUGUGCUGGAGCCAAAAGUCUUGUGUUGACUGAUGAAUCAAGCAAUCAAAGUGAUUGCACAAGCGCACCGAAACGUAAUCCUUUUGUCGCAGAACAACAGGAAUUUGUGCUAUCUCAAAUACAAACUGAACCCAAUGAAAAAAUAACUAACACUGACUGUGCAGGAAUGGAUAAGAGUGUUAUAUGUGAGACUGAGCCACAACCUAGUGGAGUUGCUGUGGAUGCUUUAGCCUUUGUUCAGAUGAAUGUUCUUUCACAUGAAAUGGCUGAACAAUGGUUUACUGGUGAGUUGGAAGAUCAAAGCUUGGAAAAGGACAUUGCUAAACAUCCUUCCAGUGAGGACCAGCUAAAAGUUCUACUCCUGGAUACAAGUUCUGACACAGAAGUGCUCAUAGAAGAUGUUAAGACAAAAGAAAGCAACAAUCAAAGUACUGUUCAUGAUGAGUUGGAGUCUUACUGUUGUCUUGCUAAAUGGUUUCAAAUUUUGCAAUAUGGAGAUGGCUCAUCAUGCAAGUGCCAGGAAAAAGCCAUAUUGAAUGAAAAAGGGAUUGAAAUAGAGGCCCAUGCUACAAAUUUAGAGAUGCUGAAAAAUAAAGCUGAUGGUAGUGAUGUCUUCUCUGAUGAAUGUGGACCCAUGGAAUUGGAAUAUGGUUCACCUGAAACAAUGUGCUUUGAGAAGCAUUUUCGUCCAGAGGCAAAAAACCCACUGAUGUCACAUACAAAUUAUGCUUAUGUUGACAAGAUAAACAUUGUGAAGGGCAAUUCAAGUUCUGAAGAGGUAUUUGAGGUAGAGAGAGUGAUGUCAGAGCAAACAAAAGAGGAAUCACCUUCAAAAUGUGCAACAAAUGAGACCCUGAAGCUUUUUGAGGUGGAGAAAGACCCCCUUGAUCCUGAUUCUAAGAGACAUAAAAACAAAACUAUACAUCUUUCACUGUAUGGGUCAUCUUCAGAUGUAAGCAAUAAAGUAAUACCAACAAGAAGAUAUCAAGUUAAAGAAAGUUGUCAAGAACCACCAGAAACUCUUAGAGUAAUUUUAAGCUCUCAUCAGAAGACCGAAGAGAAAAGAAAGUCAAAUAAGCGUAAAUGGUUAGAAUCUCUGAACAAUGAAGAUGCUUUGGAGACGAGACGGAAAAUAAUUGAAGCGUCCUUUACAACCAUUGAUCCGAGUAGAUCUUCCCCUUCACAUGAAAUAACCCCAAAAAGAGUUUCAGAAGUUUUCAAAGAAAACGCACUUUCAUCGAUGACUAAAUUGGUUAGUCCAAGUCUUAAUCCCCAGAGCAAAGUCCAUUAUGCUGAUGGAAAUAGACGAAAGAGAAAACUGAAUGAUAGGCCAAAACAAAUUUCUAUUAAUAAAUGUAUUAUAAGGGGGAAGUACAUGCCAUCCAAAUCUUCUUUGCAGUCACCACUGACUGUAAUGAAAAGUAAAUACGAAAUGGGGAACCCUGCUUUGAUGCCAUUGGAGGAGGGUCUUGGUUUGGAAUUUAAAGUAUUGCCCAAGUCUUUCAACUUUACGGUAGGAAAUGAACUCCGUGGCGGUCAAGUGGACAAGUCCCCAAAUUCAAAAAAUGAGAUGUCACACCCAGAAGAUAAACUAACUAGAAUGAUGAAGACUAGCCAUGCAACACAAGGUGCUUGGUGUUUCACCCCCUUGAAGAUGAAGCACACUGGUUCCAACCAAGCCACAGAUGUCUCUGGCUCAGGCAGCCUCUUCCAAGAAUUCAAGAAGAGAUUUCAUGACAAGAACAGGGAAAACACCUCUACUAACUUAAAUUCUAAGUAAAGAACUUGAAUUAUUAUUAUAAUUUAAGAAAAUUGUCUUAUUCUCAUGUUUAUUUGCUCUGUGAAUAUGAUCAACCUCCCGAGUGUUUUCAAAUGGGACCAUACUUUGCUCUUUUUGAUAAACCGAAGGAUUAUAUAUUUAAUUUUGAAUGCAUUCAUUUGCACAUUGAUGAUGCAGUUAAAUGGCUUGCUAGGUGUUCCUGUAGGAGUCUUAUACAACUUUUUCAAAAGAAACAUUGUUUGAGUGGGGUAAUUGAUUU